AUGGCCCGACGCGGUGCUCCAGCCAUAGUUACCGCAGCACUGCUGCUCCAGCUGCUGCCUUUGGCAUUUGCGCAUGGUGACGAGCAUCAUGGCGCAUCCAUGGACAUGAACGCGCACGACUCGCCAAAUCCUCAAAUUCAAAAUGACGAGCGACCUCAAAGUUAUUGGAGCCUUUCUGAGCACGCGACGCUGAUGUACUGGCAUAUUGGGCUUGAGAUUCUAGCAUGGACUGUCAUCUUGCCGGUUGCUGUGAUGCUAAGUAUCGCUCGUUCGCGAUUUACUCUACCCUCUCAGUUUGUGUUCCUUGCUGUCAAUGCACUGGCGCUCAUCAUUGGUAAUGUGUACAACAACAAGACGCCGGAGUUGUACGCCAACAACAUGCAUGGCAAGACAGGAUGGGCCAUCACAUGGAUUGGGUCUGCGUGGGUGCUCAUGGCGCUCGUUCAGAUGUACACAGGACGAGAUAAGGCUCAAUCUAUGGAGGGCGAGGUGGCACAGCCAGUAACUGCAGUCAAUAUGGCCCAGUACCAGCGCGUACGAGAAUUCAACCUUCCAGAUCCAUCCCGGUGGUCAAACGACUCCGGUCAGGGCACCGAGCGCAAUUCUGCAUCACUAUAUAGUCAUUCCCGAUCACCUAGCGUGGAAUCAGAAAACCAGCAGUUGGCUUUGUCCAGUCCUACAUACGCCGACUUCGACGACAAUACGUUCGACAGCGGUGCUGAGAAGCGUGGCUUCCUGCGCAAUACCUCAGUGGAUAGAUUCUUUUCCCGAAAUGUAGCACGAUGGGUGGCUGGCCGAACUCUGAAGGCUAUCCGGUUCUUGUACAUCGCGUUCGAACGCACUAUGUUAAUCCAGGGGUUUGUGGCCAUCACUACCGGUACAGUGGUCUAUGGCGGCAUCGCACGCGGCCCUGCAAUCAUGAACGUGCUUGCACACUAUGUCAAAGGUGGAAUGUUCUUUCUCUACGGCCUGGUUACGCUCGGUCGAUGGGUGGGAGCAUUUGCAGACCUUGGCUGGGCUUGGAACAUGAAGCCACCAAAGGAGAGUUUUGGUCGCCGGCGGAUGAACAUACCCUCCGCCGAGUUCGCAGAAUCUUUCCUCUUCUGGCUGUACGGCUGCACCAACGUGUUCCUCGAACAUUUGGCCGCCUGGGGCGGUGCUUGGACUGCGCAAGACUUGGAGCACGUCUCAAUAUCUGUGUUAUUCUUUGGUGGUGGUUUACUUGGAAUGAUUGUCGAAUCGACCAAGAUGCGAGAUCUACUCAACCACGCCGUUAUUUCGUCACAAGCAUCGGCAGACCUCCAAAAUGAAGCAUGGCAGCCACCACGCCACUACCGCUUCUCUGUAAACCCCAUUCCAGCUCUCGUCAUCAUGCUCCUGGGCAAAAUGAUGAGCUCCCACCACCAAACCUCUAUGGUCUCGACGAUGAUCCACAGCCAAUGGGGAAACAUGUUCAUGGGCGCUGCGCUUGCGCGUGGGUUCACAUACGUUAUUAUGUACAUGUCGCCACCCACGUCCUUCCUCCCGUCUCGCCCACCGACUGAGCUCAUCACGGCGUUUUGCUUCGUUUCCGGCGGCAUGACCUUUAUGCUUAGCAACAAAGACACAGUUGCAGCGCUAGAGUCGUACAACCUCGAUGCUAUGUUCAUCUUCACCGUCGUGAUGGGUUUCACGGCGCUGCUGUUGGCAUGGUCCACGGUCGUUAUUGCUAUCAAGGGCUGGGCCCAAGGCAAAGAGAACAGGAGCUUGUAUGCGAAGAGCCGCACUGCUCCCAAGUUCGAUCCCUCCGAGGUUAAGGUCAUCCACCUCCGUGCGACCGGUGGUGAAGUCGGUGCCUCGUCCGCACUCGCCCCCAAGAUCGGUCCUCUCGGUCUGUCGCCGAAGAAGGUCGGUGAAGAUAUCGCCAAGGCCACCGGAGACUGGAAGGGUCUGCGCGUCACGGUCAAGUUGACCAUCCAGAACCGUCAGGCCGCCGUUUCCGUCGUUCCCUCCGCUUCGUCGCUGGUCAUCAAGGCCCUCAAGGAGCCUCCCCGUGACCGCAAGAAGGAGAAGAACAUCAAGCACACCAAGAGCGUUCCUCUCGAUGAGAUCAUCAACAUUGCCCGCACCAUGAGGUUCAAGUCCAUGGCCAAGGACCUGAAGGGUACCGUCAAGGAGAUUCUCGGAACCGCUUUCAGCACUGGCUGCCAGGUCGACGGCCGCAGCCCCAAGGACAUCUCUGACGACAUUGAGUCUGGCGAGAUUGAGAUUCCUGAGGAGUAA